GGAGAGUCCUUUGCCAUCCAGUUUGAAGCCACGCGCUGCAAUGAAGGUCGAAUUUGCUCCCCGCUCCAUCCCUUUAGAAAGGCGGCUCCAGACGGCUUCCGUCCUCCAGUGGGUCUUCAGUUUCCUGGGUCUAGCGCAAUGUUGCAUCGCGAUCUUCGUCGGCCUCCUCUUCACCCGCUUCUGGCUGAUCAGUGCUCUGUACGCAGCCUGGUGGGUCUGCGAUUGGAACACGCCAACCAAAGGCGGGAGGAGAAUCCACUUUCUGCGGAACGGGGCAGCCUGGAGAUACAUGAAGGACUAUUUCCCUGUCACGCUGGUGAAGACGGUGGAGCUGGACCCUACAAAGAACUACAUCUUCGGUUUCCAUCCCCACGGAGUUCUGGUGGCUGGGGCCUUCCUCAAUUUCUGUACGGAGGCAACUGGGUUUUCCAAGAUCUUCCCAGGACUGACCCCUCAUUUGAUGAUGCUGAGCCUCUGGUUCAGAAUCCCCUUUUUCCGUGACUAUCUGAUGAGUGGAGGUUUAGUCCCAUCUGACAAGGAAACGGCUGCCAACGUCCUACGGAGGUCAGGAGGAGGAAAUGUCCUCACCAUCGCUGUGGGAGGAGCCCGAGAAGCUCUGGACGCCCGGCCAGGGGCUUUUACUCUGUUGUUGGCAAACCGGAAGGGGUUUGUUCGGCUAGCUAUACAUCAUGGCACUCCUCUUGUCCCCGUGUUUUCCUUCGGUGAGAAUGAGCUGUUUGAUCAAGUCGAAAACCCCAAGGGCAGCUGGCUGCGGUGGAUCCAAGAGCGUUUGCAAAAGAUCAUGGGGAUCUCUCUCCCGCUCUUCCACGCCCGCGGAAUCUUUCAGUACAGUUUUGGGCUCAUUCCGUAUCGGCGACCGAUCCACACUGUGGUUGGAAAACCUAUCCAAGUUGAAAAGCGCCCCAACCCCAGCCAAGAGGAGGUGGACAAGUUGCACGAGCUCUACAUGGAGGAACUCUGCAAGCUCUUUGAAGAGCACAAGUUGAAGUAUGGAGUCCCAGAGGAUAAGCACCUUUCUUUCAUUUGAAACAAGGAAGCCGUCCUUUCCAUUCCCUUGCCCACGUUUA